AGGUAUCUCGGUCAGCCACCAGCAUCUCAUCGUGGCUGGCAAUCUCAGCACCGAUAGAGUCAUCCCGUCGUGCGACGGGCUAGACGAAGCCAUCAACGAGUACGCUGCCAAGUUGUCCAGUUACAUGGAGAGCACUGAAAACACGCACACGUCUCAUUCAAGAAAGAGUCUGAAAACCAAGGGAAAGAAGAGCUCAUUGGGAACUUGGUCCAAAUCCGGCCUCGGGGGAGGAGUUGGAGGGAAAUCAGUCUCUGGCACUCGACUAUCGAUGUAUUCGUUGGACACGAUGCGUAUCAACCUCAAGCCGAAAUCAUCCAAAGAUAUAUCCAGCGGCGGCACGUCUAAGAUCCGUUGCAGCAAGCCGCGACGUGCGCCCGCGUCUCCCCGCUCCCCGCGACACACCGGCAGGAAACGAUCUCCGAGGUCUCGGCGUCCAUUAAUGAGAGACCCCCACUCUGGGCGCUCCAAGUCCAAGCGGAAGGUGCAGAGAGAAACCGAAAUCAGGACUAUGGUGGAGACAGUCGGUAUUGUCACUUGCACUUCAAGCCACGUGAGUGUCGAAGUGAGCCCCCUCCCGCUCAAGUCGCCCAAGCGCCGCAGCAAGGACACCCCCCCGCGCUCCGUGCGCCCCUCCCCGCGGCCCGCCACCCGCCCCUCCCCGCGCCCCUCGCCCCGCCCCCCGCUGCCCCCCCACAAGUCCCCCCCGUCCCCGCGCGGCGCCGCCAGCCCGCCGAGGUUCAAGAGGAGAACGCUUCCUCCCAUGAAAGAGGGGAGCAUGAAAGCGGCUCUUACCACCAUAUCGAAUGAGAUACCGGAAGCGAGUGCGGCUAUAAGACCGAUUUUGAUGAGUAGAGGCGAUAAGAGAAUCGCGGAGAAGCUGAAGAGAGAGCGGCAGAUGAAAGAGAUUGAGUGUCAAACUUAA